CGGAAGCCGAGCAGGGGUCGGAGCUAAGACAGCGGGGAGUGGGAACAGUGCUGUCCGCUGCGAUGAUUCCCCCUCAGGAGGCUUCCGCUCGGCGGCGGGAGAUCGAGGACAAGCUGAAGCAGGAGGAGGAGACGCUGUCCUUCAUCCGAGACAGCCUGGAGAAGAGCGACCAGCUCACUAAGAACAUGGUGUCUAUCCUGUCAUCCUUUGAGAGCCGUCUCAUGAAGCUGGAGAACUCCAUCAUCCCUGUGCACAAGCAGACAGAGAAUCUGCAGAGGUUGCAGGAGAAUGUCGAAAAGACGCUAUCCUGCCUGGACCACGUUAUCAGCUAUUACCACGUAGCCAGCGACACGGAGAAGAUCAUCCGAGAGGGCCCUACAGGUAGGCUGGAAGAGUACCUGGGAAGCAUGGCCAAAAUCCAGAAAGCUGUGGAGUAUUUUCAGGAUAAUAGCCCAGAUAGCCCAGAGCUCAACAAAGUGAAGCUGCUGUUUGAGCGCGGGAAGGAGUCUCUGGAGUCGGAGUUCCGCAGUCUGAUGACCCGGCACAGCAAGGUCGUGUCCCCAGUGCUCAUCCUGGAUCUCAUCGGUGCUGAUGACGAGCAGGAGGUGCAGGAAGAUGAGGCCCUGGAGCACCUGCCCCAGAGCGUGUUCCAGGAUGUGAUCUGCAUCUCCUGCUGGCUGGUGGAAUACGGUCGGAACCAAGAUUUCAUGAAUGUCUACUACCAGAUCCGCUCCAGCCAGCUGGACCGCUCCAUCAAGGGACUGAAGGAGCAUUUCCGCAAAAGCAGUUCCUCCUCCGGGGUCCCCUACUCCCCCGCCAUCCCCAAUAAGAGAAAAGACACGCCCACCAAGAAACCUAUCAAACGGCCAGGGACGAUCCGUAAGGCUCAGAACCUUCUGAAACAGUAUUCCCAGCAUGGUCUAGAUGGGAAAAAGGGGGGCUCUAACCUCAUUCCUCUGGAAGGUCACGAGCAUGAUUCCCGAGUUAAGCACCUGUCGGAGGCCCUGAACGACAAGCGCCGGCCACUGGCUGGGAGAGAUGACAUGCUGGAUGUGGAGACGGACGCCUACAUUCACUGCGUCAGCGCGUUUGUCAAGCUGGCCCAGAGUGAAUACCGGCUGCUAAUGAAGAUCAUCCCUGAGCACCACCAGAAGAGAACCUUUGACUCCUUGAUACAGGAUGCCCUGGACGGGCUGAUGCUUGAAGGGGAGAACAUCGUGUCGGCCGCCAGGAAAGCCAUCAUCCGCCAUGACUUCUCCACCGUGCUCACCGUCUUCCCCAUCCUGCGGCACCUCAAGCAGACCAAGCCCGAGUUUGACCAGGUGCUCCAGGGCACAGCAGCCAGCACGAAGAACAAGCUGCCUGGCCUCAUCGCCUCCAUGGAGACCAUCGGGGCCAAGGCUCUGGAAGACUUUGCUGAUAACAUCAAGAACGAUCCAGACAAGGAGUACAACAUGCCCAAAGACGGCACCGUGCACGAGCUCACAAGCAAUGCCAUCCUGUUUCUCCAGCAGCUUCUGGACUUCCAGGAGACAGCAGGUGCCAUGCUGGCAUCCCAAGAAACCAGCUCUUCGGCCACCAGCUACAGCUCCGAGUUCAGCAGGCGGCUUCUGAGCACCUACAUCUGCAAAGUCUUGGGUAACCUGCAGCUGAACUUGUUAAGCAAGUCCAAGGUGUAUGAGGAUCCAGCCCUGAGCGCCAUCUUCCUACACAACAACUACAACUACAUCCUCAAGUCCCUGGAGAAGUCUGAGCUGAUCCAGCUGGUGGCUGUGACCCAGAAGACUGCUGAGCGCUCCUACCGGGAGCACAUUGAGCAGCAGGUCCAGACCUACCAGCGCAGCUGGCUAAAGGUGACUGACUACAUCACGGAGAAGAAUCUGCCCGUGUUCCAGCCUGGAGUCAAGCUCCGGGACAAGGAGCGGCAGAUGAUUAAAGAACGUUUCAAGGGAUUCAAUGAUGGACUUGAAGAACUGUGCAAGAUUCAGAAGGCCUGGGCCAUUCCAGACACAGAGCAGAGAGACAAGAUUCGACAGGCUCAGAAAAACAUUGUCAAGGAGACCUAUGGGGCCUUUCUGCACAGGUAUAGCAGCGUGCCCUUCACCAAAAACCCGGAGAAGUACAUCAAGUACCGCGUGGAGCAGGUGGGCGACAUGAUCGAUCGCCUUUUCGACACCUCUGCUUAAGUCUGCCAGUGUUUCUGAUCGGACUCAUAAACCAGUGUAACACUUC